UGCGCCCGCCCCCCAGCCUCCUGCGCCGUCGGCGGGUGACGAGGAGGCCCGCGCCCGCUGGCAGGCGCAGCUGGAGUCGGAGCGCGCCCAGUGGGGGCAGGAGCGCUCGCUGCUGGAGGCGCACAUCGCGCAGCUGGAUGCCGAGCUAGAGCGGCUGCGACUCUCGGAGCGGCCGGCCGUGCUGCCACUGCAGGGCGCCGGGGACGAUGGUCGCGUCCAGGAGGCGCACAGCCGCUACCUGCGCGCCGAGAGCUACCGACGCGCACUCUGCUGGCAGAAGCGUUACCUCAUGAUCCUGCUAGGCGGCUACCAGGAGACAGAGACGAUGACGCUGGAGAAGAUGGUCCAGUUGACGGGCGGCUGCUUCCUGCCCGACUACCGCCGCCUAUUGCAGCCCAUCCGCAAAUUCCGCGCCGCCGUCUAUGCCGUGGUUGGCAUGCUCCGCAUGCAGUACAUGGUCAACAGAUGGCGCUCAGGGCAGCGCGUGGCGGGUGGAGGGAGGCGAAGCCAGCCCAAGCCCCAGGCUCGCGGUCGACCCAUGCCUGGUCCCUCUAAACAACGCUCAACCAGUCGCUCAACGAGCCGCAACCAGCCACCCCCGUCAAAACCCAAGGCCACGCCGGCAGCGCGCAGUCCACCGUCGAGGAAAAAGUCCUCGAAGGCCGUCCUGACCAGGAACGCGCCGAGCCGGAAGCAGCCGUCACCAACACGAGAGCGGCCGUCACCAACACGGGAGCGGCCCGAGGCCGUUGAGGAGCCUCUCGGUGCCAGCGGCAGCGGCAGCCGGAGCCCUACCGCCGUCCUGGGAGAGGACGUCCACGUCGAGUUUAACGUGGAGGACGAGGUGACGCCGCGCGGCCAGAGCAGCGUCGAUACCGACGCGCUGCUGGACGAGGGCAUUGACGAGGACACGGCAGAGGAGGACGACGAGACACUGGGCAGCGUUAGCCGUAGCAGCGCAGUCCUGCUACAGGAGGGCGACUGCUGUGAGGACUCACUGACGCCCACGCUGCCCCUCUCGAUUACGUCACUUUCCUCCUCGGACUCGGACUGCACCAAGUUCUUCACAGACUACGGCAACCAUGGGCUGCCCGACAUGGAGAUGGAGUGUGGCACCACUGGCUCCAUGCCUAACUUGAUUGGAUUUGACGUGAGGAGCGUAGCGACCCUGAGUGAUGUGGAGUCGGAGGAGUUGGAACACUAUCUGGCGCAGUUUGACUCUUUGCUGACAUGCCAAGGCUACUCGUCCCAGCUCUCGAGCUCGACCGCCACAUCACACACCCAGAGAAACAACCGAUGACUCACUCGGCUGCCAGUCGCAGAGGAGAGUCCAAAUUCUCCCGGCAGCGGAUGUUGGUCGAUCUCUAUCAUUUCUAUACUUUUUACAUGCGAUUCGGAAAACUUUGUCUUACGUGUGUCCAGCUGUGCGCGAAAAAUGUUUGUCAGAAUUGGCUGCGCAGGCGUUUGUCGUGGAGCUUUAGUCUUACGUCUCAUCCUAUGGUUCAAUGUUCGGCGUUAUACAUCGCACGGAUCGCAAAAGUUCAAUGAAUAACAUUACGUAAUCUACGUCAGCGUACUACUA